AUGACGGCACACACGCCGUUAACCCAGGGACUCUGCCAGAUAGUUCUGUUGCCCACCGUCACCACGUGGAAGUGCCCUGGCGCACGUGUGACACUGAGAAGCCCACGGCCGCUCGUACAGUUUCGUGAGGGCUCGGGGAUCUUCGUACCAUCGCUACACAAUCGUAUGCUUAUGAAUAGGGACCGAGCCGCUAGACUGUCACGCCAACUGGUGACAGAAAUGUACAAUAAUCGGGCGAAAAAGUUAAGCAGCAGAUGCACAGAAAAAUCUCGUCAUAAGUGGAAAGUUGAUUUACCAGUGAAAUUUUAUUGUUUUCCCUCGAGUAAAUGUGGUGCCACAUGGAAAGAUGAUAAACGUAUAAAGUGGAUAAAUGCAGUAAAAAAUUAUGUUAAAAAUCCGAAAGAAUGGGAGCCAAAUCAACAUACGAGAAUUUGUAGUGCUCAUUUUAUAAAUAAUAGUAAAUCGGACAACUCACAUCAUCCAUCUUAUGUUCCUUCGAUUUUUCCUGGAAAAGAAAAUACAAGAAAUUCCAUUCAACGUCUGCAACGAUUUGAACGGUCAAGAACACGUCAAUUAAAUAAGGACAGAUUAAUUUACAGUAUCACCAGUAGUGUAAACAGUAAUAAUUGUAUUGGAGAUAAAAAUAUUAAUAAUACAAGUGACAUUGCAAUGGAGCAAGACGCAGGAGGAAUGAUAACGGAAGCUCAGGACGACUGUCAUAGGGACGUGAAUGUUAUGAAUGUUUCUCCGCCAGCCUAUCGAAGUAUUACUUGUCAAACUGAGGAUUUUAUUCCUGAUAUUUCAACUGAUGAUGUUACUUGCGAUCCAAUCAAUUUCGAGUCUAUACAAUCUCACUGUAAAGGAUUCCAUGGAUUUUCAUCUAUUACAAGUGAUGAAACUAUAAGUAGCUUUACAGGUGUUACAUUAUCUAUCUUUUCAUGGCUUUUGAAUAAACUCCCAGAAGGUAAAAGUUCUCCCAUUGACAAAAAAAACAAAAUUAUUCAUUACAUUAGUGAAGCUAAAAACCGGUUUGACAUUUACUGCGAUUUCACCGCUGUUCGAGCAACCUUACCAGAAUCAUUUAAGCUACAUUAUCCAGACACUCGUGUUAUCAUUGACUGCACCGAAGUAAACACAGAAGUUCCACCAGCAGUUAAACAUCGAGUUUUAAUGUAUUCAGAUUAUAAGCAUCAUCACACAAUGAAAUUUUUAGUAGGAUGUACUCCAAGUGGAUUUAUAAGUUUUCUGUCAAAGUGUUAUGGUGGUCGUGCUGGUGAUUGUUUCAUUACAAAUGAUUGUGGUUUAGUAGAUUUAAUUGAACCUGAUGAUGUUGUGCUAGCAGAUAAAGGUUUCCCGCAAAUACAAACAAGAGUUCAAGAAAAAAAUGAGAUUUUUGUUAUGCCUCCGUUUUGCAACAAAAAUCAAUUUACACCUGAGGAAGUUGAUGAGACUUACAAUAUUGCUUCAGUGAGAAUACACAUUGAACGAGUAAAUCAAAGAAUAAAAGACUUUAAUAUUCUUUCCAAAGUACCAGUGUCACUUUUGCCUCAUGUUGAUGAAAUUGUUUUUGUCAUAUGUGCUAUCAUAAAUAUUCAAAAGCCCCUGUUUAACCAGGAAAAAUCAGUGACAGAAUAA